AUGCCAGCUUUGGCAGAUCAGGCCAAUCCGCGACGUGAUAAUCCAAACCAAGAUAUCAAUCAAAGCAUUGGAGAUGAAACUCUAGAGUUACCUUUAUUCAGUUUUGUCACAAUUUCAACUGCAACUAAUAAAUUUUCAUUUACAAAUAAAAUUGGGCAAGGUGGUUUCGGGCCCGUUUACAAGGGCGUCCUCCCAACGGGAAAAGAAAUAGCAGUUAAAAGACUUUCCAAAGAUUCUGUACAAGGCCUUAAAGAGUUCAAGAAUGAAGUUAUCUUGAUCGAGAAACUACAGCAUAGGAAUCUAGUUAAGCUACUGGGUUGCUGCAUUCAUGGAGAAGAGAGAAUAUUAGUUUACGAAUACAUGCCCAACAAGAGUUUGGACUUGUUCAUUUUCAAUCAAACAAAGGAUACAACUCUAAGUUGGCAGAAGCGUUUCGACAUCAUAGCGGGAAUUGCCAGCGGGCUUCUCUACCUCCAUCGUGAUUCAAGGUUGAGAAUAAUUCACAGGGAUCUGAAAGCAAGCAAUAUUCUUCUGGAUAAAGAUAUGAAUCCUAAAAUCUCAGACUUCGGCUUG